AUGGUUUCCCCUAUUGUGGCGGCGACUAUACAGUCAGCUGGUCUCGGCGUCGUCAGCAGCAUCCUGGCGCAGUGCAUCACAGCGUACAGACAAGAGGGGCCCUUUUUGAUUGAUUGGAUCCCGGUGUUUCAAUACUUGCUAUUCAUCGUAGUCAACACUCCGCCAAACUAUUUAUGGCAAGAUUUUAUCGAGGCCUCUUUCCCCUCGCAUCCAGAGCCCGCGGUUAACCCUAAAAAGACAGACGACAAGCCCGUGCCGCCGGCCUUGUCCAAGCGCAACACGGCCAUCAAGUUCCUUUUGGACCAGACCGUCGGCGCCACCGUCAACACCCUGUUGUACAGCACCUUUACGCGGUCCCUACGCAUGGCGAGCGGUCACGCGCCGCGUGUCACCAACCUGUCCAAGGCUGUCAGCUACUGGCUCAGCCCCGAUGCCGUCAACUUUUCCCAGGUGGAUUUCGAGCUUGUGUGGGCGGAGGCCAAAGAGGAAUUUUGGCCCUUGGUCCUGGCAGGCUCUAAACUCUGGCCAUUUGUUUCGCUUGUCAAUUUUACGCUGGUCAAGUCUGUGCAAGGACGGAAUCUGCUCGGUGCGCUGGCUGGGGUCAUCUGGGGCAUCUACGUCUGCUUGUUUUCUGCAAAUUGA